AGGAAACAACUCGACCUGGACCUAUCAUUUCUCAUCACCCCGUCCUAUAAAUACAUACAUUGAUCCUUCAUUACUAUCAUAUCAAGCUUCUCCACAACUUUUAAUACCUUAAAAGUCUAAUACCCUCUCAGUUCAUACUCUAGAUUCCUCCUUUUAUUUCACACAAGUAAAAACAGCUUCAGAAAUGGCAACGACGUCGUUUAACAUGCAAUCUGUCUUCGCCGGUGGAUUGACCACUCGCAGGAUCAACACCAACAAGCUUUCCUUCGCCGGAAACUUCUCAAAUCUCAAGAGGAACUAUCCGGUGGGAGUGAGGUGCAUGGCUGAGGGAGAUCCCAUGAAAGACGAAUCUACUACACCUUCGACCUCGGCUGCUCAGCCUAUGCCUAAGGCAUCCUCGCCGCCUCCUCCUCCCCCUCCUACUAAACCUAAGGUGAGCACGAAGUUGGGAGACUUGUUAGCGUUUAGCGGUCCAGCACCAGAGAGGAUAAACGGGCGUUUAGCGAUGGUUGGAUUCGUGGCUGCGUUGGCGGUUGAGCUAUCCAAGGGAGAAAACGUUUUGACUCAGAUCUCCGACGGUGGCGUUUCGUGGUUUCUUGUAACGACGGCGAUCUUUACGUUUGCGUCGUUUGUGCCGCUUCUCAAGGGCAUAACCGCAGAGUCAAAGUCCAAAGGUCUUUUUACAUCAGACGCUGAGCUUUUGAACGGGCGUUUCGCUAUGCUCGGUUUGGUCGCUUUGGCGUUCACUGAGUUUGUUAAGGGUGGGACCCUCGUCUGAGUUAUCAAAAAAACAAAUGUUACUUUUUAGGGGAUGAUGUUAUAUUACAGUUUUGCCCCUGUAUUUCUGUAAAGUUAUCUGGUUUGCUCUUGUGUCCUGUUAUGUAAAACAGUAAUAGUAGUGAGUUUGCAGUGACAUUUGGAAAAAACUUGUUGGGUUAUGAAAUAUUUUUAUUAUCAGUGAGUUGCUAUCA